GUAUCUCGAAGCUCCCGGAGGGACUUCAAGCUUCAAGUCUCGCCGGGUGGCUCUCGAUGCCUCUCAAGUUCCUCUCGAUUUCGCGACGACGCGGCGACUCCGCCACGUCUUGUCACUCUCACACGUUAACCCAGAUUUUCUGCGAGCCUUGUACGCGCUUGGGGCGGCCUGCAACGUCUCUAAUAUGCUCAAGCUCUGAACUUGCGUCCCCAGCCUAUCCUCAGACUCUCCCUGCUUCCUUUCUCGGUACCGGGACGACGACGCGCUACAGCACGGCCUUGCUCGUCUGCUGAGUACUAUACGACUCUCCACGCACGAUACGCGCGAUUCCGGCGUCCCGGGUGUCCCGCGAAGCGCUCCGUAAUGCUCCAACAGCAUGGGCCAGUCCCAGGCUCUUCCCCUCUCGAUUUCGCAACAGCGCGGCGAUGCCGCCUCGUCCAGAAGGAAGUUAUGGGUUGGCCCGGGAGAAGACUCCCUGCACACGCGCUUUCGGCGCUGCGUGCCCUCUACAACGCGCCCGAGCAUCGGAUUUUGCCUCCGCGGCCAGUCCCUGGAGGCCGCCGACGUUCCCCCUCGCGAUUUCACGGCGGCGCGAUCACGCAGCCACCUGCCGCCGCUCUCCCUUGUACGACACGACUCUCAGCCACACGUGCGCGCAAAUCCGGCUCUCAACGGCUCCUGCGAACGGCUCAGCGCCGGACUCGGCUCCAAUAGCCAAUCCCCGCGCUCUCAACACUUCCCCUCGCGAUUCCGCCACAUCGCGACCACACAGCCACGUCGGAACGGAUGGUACGGCACGGUCAGACACUUGGGUACGUACGUGCGCCGUCCCUAGGCUAUACGACCUCUGCGGCACUCUGGAGCUCCAGAUCUCGCUCCCACGGCCAUCUCUGGGCCGCUCGCUG